GGUUCGAUCAGAUUGAACAAGUUCGGCGAAAUCUAAUAUCUCUACAUACGUCAAGAACAAAGACGAGAUGCAGUAACAUUUGAUUUUCAACCGAUCUAAGAUGAAGAAGCAAAUAUCAAACAAAGCGGCAGGAUAGUUCUGUUCGUUCUAUUGCUGGUGAUAAAAUGUUGAACUUCGGAAUUGUACUGUUAUGACCCAUAAUGACGUAGGUUAGUACGACGGAACAGGACUACGAAAGCGACAAUAAUGUUCUUUCGGGGUAAUAAACGCACAGCUUUAAUGACAUAAUAGAGUCAACGUGAAUGUAUAAAAGAAUUCCUCUGAGAUCAUAUUUGCAACACUUUGUGCCAACAUCUCUAGUUAGUAGAACCGCGAAAAGCUUACAGCUAAAAUGAACCGACUUGUAUUUGUGCUGCUGUUUGGAUUAAGUGCCGUUAGUUGCUAUCUACCUCCCACUAUAAAUGUCUGCAAUCGAAAUGAUCCCAAUUUGGAAAAGUGUAUGCUGAACGUUGUGGAGAAAAUGCGAUCGAACAUCGUAUCCGGAGACUACGGGAAUGGUACUAAACUUCCCAGCUUGGAUCCUCUGUUCAUGGAUCGGUUAGAUAUCGAUGAUGGAGAAAAUUUACGGGCCACCUACUUGGACACGGUCAUAACUGGUGCCAGAAAUUUCCACGUGGACAAGUUACACGUCAACACCGAGAGCAAGACCAUCAACCUGCUGAUCACUUUGGAUAAUCUUAGGCUAAAAGGGAAAUAUAAUAUCAAUAUGAGAAUUGGCUUGCUAUUGAUUGAUGGUGAUGGCGAUUCGGUUCUAGAUCUGACUGACGUGAAACUUCUGGUCAAAAUUAACUACUUCUUCGUUGAAAAUAGCAACGGACGAAAAACGAUGCAAUUCCACCCGAUGGACGUGAAGAUUAAGUAUGCCGGUACUGCCAAGUUCAACAUGACAAACCUGUUGAAGGGUAGGCCACAGCUCGAGCAGGCCGCCAAUGAUGCCAUUAACGAAGCUCCCGAAUUGAUAAUGGAUCGAACAAAAGCACCGGUCGAGCAGUUCUUCUCCAAACUUUUCACCACGAUCGCGAACGGACUGAUGAAGGAAGCCGAUGAGAACGAAGCGUUUCCACUGUGAUAGAUGAAUAUAAAUUGCGGAAAAGAAAUCAGCCUAACAAAUGUUUGUUUUCCUGAAAUCGUCAAUAAAAAUGGAAGA